ACACACACACACACGCAGAAUUAGACACAUACUCGCACACACAAAAGACAGUAUUAUAUGGCAUGUUUUCGAGGGCAGGAAGAUGAAGGUGAAGGUGUAGAAGUUGCUGUGUUAACAUCUUUUAUCUGACAGUAAGAGAAAUAGACAGUGAAUUACAUUCAGCUGACAUUAGGCCAUAGACAAGACAGCUAGAUGUGUGAAUAUACACUACCGGUCAGAAGUUUUAGAACACCCCAAUUUUUCAAUUUUUUAUUGGAAAUGAUGCAUGUUAAUGUCUCAUUGUACUCUGAAAUGAAAGCAGAGAACAAAUAAGCAAAGUUAUAAAUACCAAUUUAGUAACCAAAAUGCAUUCUAAACUUCUGAUUCAUCAAAAAAGCCACCUUUGGCAGAUACAACAGCUGAACACACUUGUGGCAUUCUUUCUACAAUGAAAAUCAAAUUUUCUUCAGGAAAUUCUUCCCAACUCUGUUGCAGAAGUUCCCAUAAAUGUGUGGAACUUGUAGGUUGCUUUGCUUUCACUCUUCUGUCCAGUUCAUCCCAAACCAGCUCUGAGGUUCAGUGAUUACUAGAACCUUCAUCAUUAUGUAUUUUAGACAUAUAUUUUAACUCUGGUCUUCAGUCUAAUAGCAUUUCCCAUAAUUAAAUCAUCUUUUACUUUUAGAACAUUGUACCCAAAAAAUAAUACACUACAGACUCUCAGAAUCUUCUGAUUCUGUUGUGGCUUUGGGUCUUGCAGACUUCUUCCUGUCAGAGUUUCCCCCAGUUUCUGAGUGCCUUUUGAUGGUGAAGAAAACUCUACUCACUGACACCUUGACUUUCUUCACAAUUUCUCUGUAGGAAAGGCCUGCAUUUUUAAGUGUUAUGAUGGUCUGUCUCUCUUCUAUUGUUAAUUGCCUUUUCCUCACCAUUUCCAUAGCAGCACACUGCUUUCUGCAGUACAAUGCUGUUUAAAUAAUGCUCUGGUACGGUGCCAUGGUGUGUUCCAGCACUACUUUUAUGCAGACAGAAAGGGUUGUAAGUAAUCAAGAAAAGUUGGGACAACUGUAGGAUUUGGUAGCAUGAGCUUUCAAGGCUUAAUCAACUUCCAUUGCUGCAGAACAGCUUUAACUUGUUAACCCAUUUUUUGCUCCUUGAAAAGGCUUUUUUGUAGUGCUGUCAAACACAAAAAAGGUUUAAUCUGAUUAAUUGCAUGAUUGCUGUAGAAUAAUUUCAAUUAAUCGCGAUGCAUAGCAUUAAUUUUUAAUCUAUAUUAAUCAUGUUUCAUUUUGCCUGAGUAAACAGAUUCAAGAAAGAAACAAAUUUAUAUGCACUUGACAUGUUUAUUAAACACCUGUGCUUUGGUGAAAAGAAAACUCCUUCCUGUAGUGUUCAUAUUACUAUAAGUUGGUGGACUGUUCUGUCUUUUGGGGUCUUUUUGAGUUAGUGUGAUAUAUGUUGAUGUAACCUGGUAGUUUUAUUAGUGUCUGCAUGUAAUCAAUAACUGACCGUCAAAUCAAAUAAAUUCAGUACGGUUCAAAAACAUUUUGACAACAUUUAUUAAUAACUUUUGAUAUAACUGUACAUCUGAAAAUUGUGAAAAAUAAUGACUGAACAACCUGAACCAACUUAUAUACAUCUUUAACAAUACCUAAAUCUCAAAAAAUUUAAACAGUUGAACACUUUAACAUUAUUUUUUCUCUUCUAUCACUCCCCUUAUGCUCUACUGCUUAAUGGGAGAACCGAGCUGGCUCUCUCAGAAAGUCUCAUCACUCCACUGGAGUUGAAAAUGGAGGAGUGGAAAAAAGUGGCCAGUCAGCUGGACAAAGACCAUGCCAAAGAAUACAAGAGAGCUAGAGCAGACAUCAAGAAGAAAUCCUCAGACACCAUCAAACUGCAGAAGAAGGUGAAAAAAGGGAAAGAUGAAGCUCGGGGCCAGCUAGACUGUGCGCUGCAGGACGUCAAUGUGCGAUAUGCUAUCCUGGAAGAGACUGAGAAACGAGCUGUGUGCAGAGCGCUGAUAGAGGAAAGAGCUCGUUUCUGCAGUUUUGUCAGCAUGCUGAAGCCUGUGCUGGACCACGAGAUCAACAUGCUCGGUGAAGUGACCCACCUGCAGACUAUUCUGGAAGAUCUGACCAACCUGACAGCUGAACCUAAUCAACUCCCAUCGGCCAGCGAGCAGGUGAUUUUGGAUCUGAAAGGUUCUGAUUUCACCUACACUUAUCAGACACCUCCAGCUUCUCCGAGUAACACAUUGUCCAGGAAGAGCAGCAUCAGCAGCAACUACCAGUAUGGAUCAGUGAGACACGUUCCCUCCCUGGACUCCAUCAGCUGCACUGUGGAUGCAGUACACAUCCAGCGCUGCUCUUCCCCCUAUUUGCUGAUUGGCUGUGAUGAAAGUGGGCGGUCUCUCAGCGAAGGGAACUCCCCCUCUCGCCUCGGUCGUCAGGGCCGCCAUGGUCGCCACUAUAACGCAACUGCCCAUGGCCAUCACCCUGCACAGAGCCGCCAUGUUAGCCGCAGGGAUUUUAUCACCGAUGCAGUUGGCUCCACCAAUCAGCUGACAUCCGGGGGGAGUGGAACAGCGGAGAACGGCCUGUUGGUCCCUCCACACAAUACCUACACACACCAUGGAGAGAGAGCUCGAGCCAUGUCUGCAUCUGGGAAGUCUUGCUCUUCCCGGGAUCACGUGGCGUUGACGUUGGGCGUGUUGAAUUCAGAUGCCCCAAGAAGCAGCAGAGACUCUCUGCACUGUUCGAGUGGCUACAGCACCCAGACCACCACCCCGUCCUGCUCUGAGGACACCAUCCACACCCACACUGUAAAGAGAGAUCCUCCCCUCUAUGUCGACUAUGAGUCCAUCUCUCUCCAUGGUGACGCUGACUCCAUCUCCUUGCAUCACCUCUCGCACGGCAACAGCCAGUCAGACUUUGACAAGUCUUCAACCAUCCCAAGGAACUCCAACCUCAGAUUCCAGUACAGGGAGUUUGCUCAGUAUAAACGUCCCGCCUCCACCGUCAGUCUAUUGGCUGAGGCCGAGUUGAGCAGCGGGUCCAUCCGCCAGCUGCCGUCCCACACGGCAACCAUCAGGCGCAAACCGUCAUCUAAGCCGGCUUAUCGCAGAGGCACGAUCAGUGGGGGGGUUCCUAUCCCCAUCUGCACCCCACAGGUUCCCCUCAAAACCCUCACAGGAAAUGGAGGCAGUGAUGAGAACGUUUUCACUGCACCCUCGGCUGGAGGAGGAUUUGGUCAAAGUAAACUCUGCACCUCCACCCAGAGCCUCAGUGCAUUACCUUCCUCCUCCUCUUCCCCGUACUACCAGCUGGUCCCAGGUCAGAUGCCCAUUCCAGUGCCUGUACCUACCGUACCCUCCCUGCAGCCAGAGGUUAGCAGCAUUAAAGAGCAACAACAGAGACAGUACCAGCUACAGCGGCAGCAACAAAUCGGCCAACAACUAAACCAUCAGCAGCGAUGCACUGAACUACAGCAACACAAUCAGCAGCUCCAGAGUCAGCAGCUGCAAUGGCAUCAGCAGCAACUACAACAGCAGUUUCAACAGCAACAACUACUGCUUCAGCAGCCCCAGCAGCCCCAGCAGCCCCAGCAGCCGCAACAUCACCAAGAUCAGUAUGAGCAGCAAGACCAGCAUCAAGAACAUCUGAACCAGCAGCAGAAACAAAAGCUGCUCCACCAGCAGCACCAGGGCCAGCUUGACACCGCUGCUGCCCAGGGAGAGGCCUCCAGUCUGGGCCACAGCGCUAACUACCAGCCCCAGGCUCCUCCACCCUCCAGCCCAGACCACAAACCCAAGCAGCUGACCCAAGAGGGAGGAGGUGGUAGAGGAGACAUGCUGACCCUCAUCAGAGGGGUAAAGCUCAAAAAGACCCUUACAGAUGACCGGUCCGCCCCCUUCCUACCCCCUCCACCCAAUCACAAAUGAGGCUACAAAGACAGACUGUUUUGCUUGGAGAACUGCUAGGUUUACUGGGGUCAGCGCUUUAGAGGCACCAGAAUGUGUCAGCUCAAACCACACAGAGCAAAAUCAAACAUGUUUUGAGGGUGUGGAAUUUACAAACACACUGUUUGAUUGCUGGAACUCGACAUGUGUCUUCUUUUAUUUUAGAAAUUUCUGCUUCCUUUUAGGCCAUUUAGAUUUCUUUUUUUGAGACUUUGUUGUCCUCUCCUGUUGUUGCAACAACCUUUUGCCUUUUUUUUGGUUCGUGUUUGCAUUUUGACUGUGGAUAAGGUUUUUGUAUGAUUCAGUCUUACUGAUAGAACUGUUGAUCGUUUUUAGUUAUUUCCCAUUUCCUCGUCAGAAUGAUGUUAAUUAGCCAGACUAGGAGGUUGUUUCAGAUCCUCUUGAGUCCUGGGUGUGUUUGAUUUGCUUCUUUUUUUUGUUUGUUUGUUUUUUUGCCUCAACUCCCAGGAGAGUGGGCUUUAUUAAAUAGUCUAGUUGCUCCAUGUUGUUCCAUGGUUGAACCAUGGAGUGUGGAGUUUGUAAUCUGCUGGCUGUAGGUCAGUGUUGAAUUUGAACGGUGGCUGGUUGGGUCCUGAUCAUCUCAAGGAGUCGAGCCAGACACCCUAGACUCUGGAAUAUAACGUUGACAGGGUCUACAGAUGGCAGAUAUAUUGGAACAAAAAGAGCUUUGAGGGGGAUAGAUGUUUUCCUUAAUGGCAUGUUGUCAGAGUCACAAUUUGGAUUCCUUUACUUUUAAGUGGCAAAGAUUAAAACUGUUACCGUGGCAAAAGUCUGGUUUACCAUGUAAACAAUUAGCUGUUAAAUAUGACAACUUGUUGGCAACUUUCAGAAGCAAUACUGAUUUUUUACACAGAAGCAGAAAUAUGGAUUACAUUAUCUCUAAAAACAUAGCUGGCUAUGAUGAGCUGAACUGUUGCACAGCAGUUGCUGACGUGUGGAGGUAGUUUUAGCAUUUACAAGGGGACACACUUCCGUGUUUGAAGGCAUACUGAACCAAACAAAUAAAAAUUUUAACAGUAAAUUAUUUAAUGACUAGAGCCGGACCCACUGAAGAUAUCUGGUGCCAGCAGAUAUCUGCUUAUAACACUUUAUCGGUUAUUUUUAAUAAGAAAUUGUGUCCAAGAUGUUUACUUACUUGACAAACUACAUAACAGAGACACUUCUUUUAGUUACCGAAUACGCAUUUUUGGCUUUUUUUGUUACUUAAUGGCCAACAUGCAUAUGUAAAACAGUCCCUCUACCCACAAAACAAGACUAGUAAUAAUAUACCAAUUAUAUCACCAUGAUUUUGCUCAUAUUUCAGUGUGUAAAUAUUUCCAUUUGUCAAUUUAUGGCUCAUUUUUCACUGCAGUAUGGAGUUCUGCACCUCUGUGGAAACAGCACAACCAUGAUGACUAGAAGUACAGAGAACACAGAAAUGUAGUUUGUGUAAUAUAACAAAGUUCCAAUGAAAAAAUAAUUUAAAAAAAACAAAAAACAAAAGUUAAAUGUCAUUCAUUAUUCAUUUUUUAAAAAUUGGAAAAUGCUGGAAUAAAAAUGUACAACAUUUUUACAAAUACUUUUUAUGUUUUCAUAUAUACAAUGUUUACUUUUCUUGGUCAUGAUUUCAUACAAACUAAAUUAAAAUUUGGACUUUUGUUAAAAAUUAAUAAUGGACUUGUUUUAGCUCUCAAACUAAAUUACGGAACAGUAAUGACACUGAUUUAAAACUGCCUUUUUGAGCACAGAGAUACGAAAUAGGACAUUUGAUUCAAUCAUUUUAAUUUUCAAACCAUGAGCCAGUUGUUUUCUCAUUUGUUGUUUUAGUAUAUAAAAUAAAAUCAUAAAAGUUCCCAGCAAAUGUUUUUAAAGUCACUUAACAUUCACUUCACUCCUACGAUAAAUGAAAAGCUGUAACUAGUGAAUAUUUAUCCCUUUUACUUGAAAACAAAAUCUGUUCUACUUGUAGGCAUCUGCUUUGCUGUUGCUUCUGCUUUUUUUUAGCUACAGGACUGAUGAUGUUACUUUCAUUGGAUUGGAUAAAAUGCUGCUUAAAGCCAGUCAUAGUCCACAACUGUGAGGGUGUAACUUUAAAUGUAUUUAUUUAAUUUUGUUGGGCUUAAAUAUCUGGUUCUAUCUUGGAGCCAGUUUCAAGCUGAUGAGAUAUUUUAAUCAGUUAAUUUGCCACCUUCAUACUCAUAAAUGUCCUGAUACUUGAUUUCCUCUCUAAUAUCUGUUUCCAGGCAUUUAAUCUUCUGAACACAAAGCAGUUUCUGUGUGCAUUUGCUCCUGUUACAUUUUUAUUCACUGUGGGCUCAUUACUCAUUGUAAUAUAAAGUCCUGAACCUCUAUGGAAAGAGCCCAACAAUUGCUAGAAGUACAAAGAAUUCAGUAAUGGCUUUGUGACAAAAGAUAAAAUGCCAAAAAAAUUAAGUAUACAUACUACAGCAGCAAGUUAAAAGUUGAAUUAGCGUAUUUCCUCAGUGCAGCCACUGUUUCAAUGAGUCACUGCUGAGCUAUGGGCAAAAUCAUCAAACAAAUGAAUCCCAAUGAGAUUAAAUGAAUAAGACAUUAAACUGCACCUCUGCUGCUGCCUGUUUUCAGCUGCUACACAGAUGUGCUGCCUGUAAAAGUCGCCAGUUAACUUCACGUAGUGAGCUGUCAGAGUAUGCUGGGAAACAGGGUCACAGCUACAACUGAGGAGUAAAGUCAUGUUCCUCUCACUGAACACUUUUAGGAAGUAUUAGGGUUAAAAUGGCAAGGACAAGUUUAUACAAGCUGCCGCUAAAUAAUUUUAUUAAAAUUAUUAUUUAAUGUGACUGUUACUGAAUCCAUUAAACAUUUCAUCAAUAAAAUAUUUAUAUAUAAAAUACUUAAUAAAGAUUGUCUUCUUAUUUUUUGUCAACAGUCAAAAAGAGUUUAAGAUCAGAGAAGAUGAAAAACACCACUAAAUACUGGUUAAAAAGCCCAAACCAGCAUAUUUCUGCUUUAAAACUGCCUUCAUUUAUUAACAUUAUUUACAUUUUGCAGUCUAAUCUAGUUAUUUCAGUUGGUUUCUGAUAUAUUUCAGGACCAAAUGUCCUAAAAUCAGACCUUUUACAAUACAAUACAAUACAAUGCAACAACUUUAUUAAUCCCCGAAGGGAAAUUCAAUUGUCUGGGUUCUCAUCUGUUUACUUUAGAAUUAAAUAGUCUAAUUGCUGAUGGUAAGAAAGAUUUUCUGAAUCUUUCAGUCCUGCAGAGCAGAGAUAGGAGCCGUCCACUACCAAUGUUUCAUUGCUCAUUGAAACAGAUGUGAAGCUUAUGAUCCAGGUUUGUCAGAAUGGCCUCCAUCUUUCUAAGAGCCCGUCUCUCCACCUCAUCCUCCAAUGAGUUCAAUCUGAUUCCAACCACAGAACCAGUUUUUUUAAUCAGUUUGUUCAGAUGCCCUGCAUCCUUGUUUUUUAUACUGCCUCCCAGCAGACUGCAGCAUAAAACAGGACACUUGCUACAACAGACUGAUAAAACAUCUGCAGCAUCUUACUGCAGAUGUCUAAUGAUCGAAGGGAUCUGAGGUAAAAAAAAGUCAGCUCUGGGCCUUUUUGUAGAUGAAGUCUACAUUUCUAGACCAUUCCAACUUAUUAUCAAGGUGGACACCUAAAUAUUUAUACGAUGCCACCACCUUGAUGUCCACGACACAAGUGUUCACUGGAAGAGGGGGUUUGGAUCUGCAGAAAUCUAUGAUCAUUUCCUUUGUUUGUUUCCUUUGUUUCUUUGUUUUUAGGUAGACAACCGAAACUUAUUUCGCAUUUUCUAGUAAAUUACACACCCAAAGCAGCAAAAGAGGCUAUGAUAUAGGAAAAUAAAGUUUACAGAAAGAAUAAUUCAAAAAGAUUCAUGAAUAUAUUUUUGAAAUACUCACAAAAAUUUCAUUGCACUUCUGUGUUGUUUUGAGCUCACCAACAUCAAUAUUGCUCAAGUUUCUGGCUAUGGCCCUGUUGAGAAGCUGCCUAUCAGAGAACAGCUGCAUGCUGGGAAAUGCAGUCCAGUCUCUGGUCAGCUGCUCCUGAUCUGUUCUCAGAGAAGCAUUUGUCUAUUUUGGAAUGUUUCUGCAGCUGAUUUAAGUGUUUUUAUUUUCCAGAAAAGCUGCACUGUUAUUCAUCUAAGAAUGUUUGAUUGAUUGUCAGAUUGGAGCCACAGCAGUUGUUUAUGUAUAUAUUGGUGUUUCUGUUCCUGGGAGAGAUCGCAAUCUAUAUAUAUACAGAUGUAUGUACACAUAUCCUGAUUGUAUUUUUGUUGAUUUUUGUUUUGAUCCAGCCAUGUGAUCCAAUCUGAUGCUGCCGUCAGUCAUCAUCUUUUUGUAGACAAGCUGUAAAGGAGUAAACACAGUGAAUUUCCUGAUGUUUGAGGAUCUAAAGCCUGAUUGGAUGUCUGAUUGUUGGAUCGAGCAAAGACUAACCAGAUGAUAUGAACCAGCAGAAUAUAGACAUGUUUUGUUCUUCUUCAUUUGGUGUUCACUGUGGAAUCAAUGAUAAUAAUAAAUUCGAUGAUGACAAAAAUGGU